AUGCAUCGAGAGACACUACCAUUCAGAAUCAAUGACUAUUUCACACGAGUUUCUAGUGUUUGGAUAGAUGCUAGUGAAUCAAUCACAAAUGAUUUGAUCUACAACAAAGAGAACGGAAAUCUUCUUCUGGCUCUUGAUGGAUACAAAUACAAUCUUCCGAAUAUUGCUCUUGCUCGUGUGGAUCCAUCUGAAAAGGCUAUUGCUCUUUGUGAAUACACUCCAUCGAUGAAUAGAACAGAAAGUAAUUAUUUGCUGAAAAAAAUAUGGGAAGAUCUACUAUCCAACGAUUUCAACAUCAGAAGGAUCAUUUGUGAGAACAUCCAGCAGUUGCAUAGAAACCAAAUCGAUUCAUUGGCGGAAGCGAAUUAUUGUACCAAAAAAACUAAGUUUAUUCCGAAUGGACUUGCUAGAUCAGCAGUUCCAACAGGAGACUUUUUGCAUGAAGUUAAUCAGGCUGGCAAAGGAUUUAUCAUCCCGAUGGCUACAGUAUCAAUGAAUGCAAAGGAACAGGAACGGAAGAAGGCCACAUGUACCAGUUAUAGUGGAGCUAUUCAUCAAAUGUUUUAUAAAUCUGCACCGAGACAUCACGAACUUCUGAUGAAAUGUGGAUUCUUCGAUGUCUACCUUCAAUUCGACGACUAUCGAAAACAAAAACAUUCUAAAGUCGCCUCUUGGACCGAUGGGGACAUCAAUUUGAUUCGUGAUGCGGCAGAACAAUACUUCCACCGUCUUCAUGAUCUGAAGAGAGGAAACCAAGAAUCCGAGUUUAUUUGCAACUUCGAAGACAAAGAUCUCGAAUUAGGAGGCAGAUCUACUAAUACACUGGCAUUUGUUCGGAUCCAUGGUGAAGACUUCGUUUCGAAGUUCUACAUCAAGUAUGUUUUCGAUUCAUUCAUUCAAGAUCCGUUUUUGUUUUUUCCUAUUUUAUUUUUAUCGAAAUCAAGAUUGAUCUGUAAUGUUCAGAUGUUUUUUGGACCAAAAGGCACAAGCUCGGGCCAGCCUCCGGACAUCAACGAACUAUAUUGCUACAAGCUGUUGGAGCUGAUCGCCUUCGGACCAACAUGCCACAUUGUUCCACCCAUCAUCACUACUGGAACAAAAACAAGCGUGUACAUUGCUACAAAAUGGGACGACAAUUUUAAACUCAUGGAGCACGUUAUCCAAGAGAAUGGUCUUACCGCUGAUUUAGCCGUGCAGCUGGUUUUGCUGCGGGUGUUAUUAUUUAUUGCUGACCUUCAUCUACAAAACUGCGGGAUCUGGAAAGGGACCAAUAACAUUGCGAUUGUUGACUUCGCACCGGAAAAUGAGAUUACAGUUCAUGAUGACAUCAAAGCCCAACUGUUUACAACUUUUCCACACUCAAGAUGGAAAGAAGAGUUCAAAGCAGUGAAAAAUAAAUUGGACGACAACUCAUGGUUGAAGAUAGCCAAACAGAAUUUGGAUAAGUGGGAUUUGUCUCGUAAGCUCGAACUGGCUCAAGAACAACUCGAUCCCACAAAAGACGUUUUAAAAGGAAUAGAACUUGGCUUUAAGAAGCGGAAAUUAUGCUAUAGUCCCACAGUUCAACUGAAGGAAUACGUCGAUACAUUGAACAAGAAUUUAGAAAAUCUUCAAAUUGUUUUGAAUUCCACUGUUCACUAA